UUCCAUUGAUACCUUGCAAGACAACAUCGUCCUCUUCAUCGAAGUUUGCUUAGCAACCUACAAGAGCCAGAACACAAACCGGCAAGACGCAUAUGUACCAAAUAUAUAAGCAAUAAUUUCCAAUCCUCGUGCCUUGCAGUACCGGAUUCCCCCGUCCAAUGCCUCCCCAAGCCUUCAGAUUCCUCGACCUACCUCCAGAGAUCAGGCAGAAGAUAUACACCCUUAUCUGCACGUCCGACUCUCUCUGCGUCCCUCUCGACGAACCAGAUGCUCACUCCUCCUACCCUUCUAACCUUCUCCUCACCAACUCUCAACUCUACCACGAGGUCCGACCCUUCUAUUUUACCGUCAACGCCUUCUCAGUCACCGUCCGCCGGCAGAACGAGGACUGGGCCUACUUCCUCUCCCCCUCCUUUCUAGACAACAGAAGACAGGUCCGGAGUUUGGAAAUAACGCUCCUCCGCUGGGGGUCGAAGAACUUCUUUCAUGAGACGCUGAUACCGGUGCUCGAAGACUGUAUCCUUAAUGGGAGACUGAGGUGUUUGGAGAUCAGAGUCUCGGAUAAAUGGUUUCGCUCACAAAUAGGCCAGAGAAAUACCGGAAAUUAUCAGGGAGAUACUUUGAGUACUUUGAAGAGGAUUUUGCUGGAUCCUUAUUUAGAGAAGGCCGUUUUAAAGGCGGGGGUUAUAAGUGAUACAGAAUCAAACGACUACGACGAGAAGCCCACGUUGACGGAUGUCACAUUGAAACUUCUCGAGCCCCACCUUAAAGAAGCUGGGGAGAGGAGAUAUUUCUAGUGAGCGGUAUUUAUAGAUAGACGGAUGCGACAAGUCCGUAAAGACUUGGGUUAUCAGUCACUCACGUCACCUCAUAAGUUUUUGACAAUUUUAUUCAAUUAACAAACCAUUCUUCCUGUUCUACAAGCGCGCGCUAUGCCCGUAGGAAAAGUAGGAAGAAACCUUUGCAUCAGAGAGCAACCAGAUCAGAA